AUGCGUUGUUGCCAAGACUGUCCCACGUCUAUCGAUAACAUUUUUCUGAAGGCCGCACGCACCCCAAGCUCAGAGCUGCUUCAAAGUGCAAAAAGCUUCAAACGUCAACCUCCAAUAACUUGUAAUAUCCUCGCGAUUCCAUCAAUAAAAUACCCUCGUACCAAUAACUCCAGUCAGCUUCUUUCGAUAAUCCUCUACAUAAACGAUAACCAAAAUGUCCUUUGGUGGGCAGACACCGACCAUCUUGGUCUUGAAGGAGGGCACUCCCAGGGACGCGGACAGAUAAUCACAAAUAUCAACGCCUGUCUUGCCAUACAAGCUACAAUAAAAUCAACUCUCGGACCUUACGGUGGUGAUCUGCUGCUCGUGGACGCUAACGGCAAACAGACAAUCACCAAUGACGGAGCUACGGUUAUGAAGCUUCUGGAUAUUGUUCACCCCGCCGCUCGUAUCCUUACCGACAUUGCCCGCUCGCAAGAUGCCGAAGUUGGAGACGGUACAACAUCCGUGGUGGUUCUUGCCGGUGAAAUCCUCAAGGAAUCCAAAACAUUCGUGGAGGAAGGUGUCAGCUCGCAAGUCAUCAUCAAGGGUCUUCGAAAAUCAUGCAUUUUAGCCGUCAACAAGAUCAAAGAAAUUGCUGUACGGAUAGAUAAGGGCGAAAAGAGGGACAUCUUAAUCAAGUUAGCCGGAACAGCAAUGUCGUCAAAGUUGAUUAAGAGAAAUUCGGCCUUUUUCACAAAAAUGGUCGUGGAUGCCGUUCUCUCACUAGACCAGGAUGACUUGAACGAGAAGUUGAUUGGAAUGAAGAAGGUCCCCGGUGGUGCACUCCAGGACUCUAUAUUCGUCAACGGUGUCGCUUUCAAGAAGACUUUCUCAUACGCUGGUUUCGAACAACAACCCAAAUCGUUCAAGAACCCAAAGAUCGUCUCCUUAAAUGUCGAGCUUGAACUCAAGAGCGAGAAGGAUAACGCUGAAGUCCGUGUCGAGCAGGUUUCGGAAUACCAAGCAAUAGUCGAUGCCGAAUGGCAGAUCAUCAUUCAGAAGCUAGAGGCCCUUGUUGCCACCGGCGCCAAAGUCGUCCUCUCCAAGCUCCCCAUCGGUGAUUUGGCAACUCAAUACUUCGCGGACCGUGAUAUCUUCUGUGCUGGCCGAGUAAUGAGCGAGGAUAUGGAACGAGUCGUCCAGGCUGUUGGCGGUAGCAUACAAUCGACCUGUUCCGACAUCAAGGAAGAACACUUGGGUACUUGUGAGUCUUUCGAGGAGCGACAGAUUGGUGGUGAACGAUUCAACUUCUUCCAGGGUUGCCCCAAGGCGAAGACAUGCACAUUGGUGCUCCGUGGUGGUGCAGAACAAUUUAUUGCGGAAGUGGAACGGUCCCUUCACGACGCUAUAAUGAUUGUUAAGAAGGCCAUCAAGAACGACCAGAUUGUUGCUGGUGGCGGUGCUCUCGAGAUGGAAAUUUCGAAGUACCUUCGCGACGAAUCAAAAUUGAUCGCAGGAAAGCAACAGAUGAUUGUUGCAGCCUUCGCAAAGGCUCUUGAAAUCAUCCCAAGGCAACUGUGCGACAAUGCAGGAUUCGACGCAACCGAUAUUCUGAAUAAGCUACGACAAAGACACGCUAAGGGCGAGACAUGGGCCGGUGUUGAUAUCGAUAACGAAGGCAUUGCCGACAACCUUGAGAAGUUUGUGUGGGAGCCAACAGUAGUUAAAUUGAAUGCGAUCCAGGCUGCGACCGAAGCUGCUUGCUUGAUCCUGUCAGUGGACGAAACAAUUAAAAACGAAGAGUCGGCUCAACCGCAAUCAGGACCACCUAUGCCAAGAGGCGCAGCGGGCCGAGCACUACGAGGCCGUGGCAGAGGAAUGCCGAGAAGGUGA